GAGAAGGACCUCUGGGCUCGGGCUUCAGGCCCCCCGCAAUGUGCUCAGUUCCCACCAGAAGGCGCCCGCAUUCCCCUCGCGUCGCCGAAGCCUGCGCCGCAACGAGCCUGAAGCGGAGCCGCGCGGCGCCCUGAUCUGAAGCGCCGGGCGGCGGCCCGAGCCCUCCCAAGCCAGGGAGACAGGGGAGCCCUGGCUUUGUUCCCUGGCGCUGGUAUCUCCACUCCGUGUGGCGGUUUCUCAAGGCCGUCCGCCACCCUGGCAGGAAACGCCCAGAACCACCCCGGCACCGUAAUCUACAAAGCCCAGGGAGUCGGAGGCGGGAGGGCUCUGGCGCGCGGGGGAGGCAGGAGGAUCCUCCACGCGCUCAGGCUCACGCCCGGCUCUCCCAUCUGGCCGCCGCCAGCCUCAUGAGGACCCCCCGGCCGGGGCUGAGAGCCUGGCGCCGCCCGGAGCGAAAUCUUGCCGCGGCCUGAGAGCGUUAGACAGGAUGCGGCUGGGCCGCAGGGCCCUCUGUGUGCUUGCUCUGCUGCUCGUCGGCGCCUCGCUGGGGCUCCUGUACGCUAGGACCCGGGAUACCUCGGACCUGCGGAUACCUCUUUCGCUGUGGGCGCCCCUGCAGGGUCCCCCCAGGCCAGAGCUGCCAGACCUCGCCCCUGAGCCCCGCUAUGCCCACAUCCCCGUCAGGAUCAAGGAGCAAGUGGUGGGGCUGCUGUCUGUUAACAACUGCAGUUGUGAGUCCAGCACUGGGAGCCUUCACCUCCCCUUCCAGAGGCAGGUCCAAGCCACUGACUUCACCAAGGCCUUUGACCCUGAGGAGCUGAAGGCUGCCUCUGCCUCCAGGGAACAGGAGUUCCAGGCCUUCCUUUCAAGGAGCCAGUCUGCUGCUGACCAACUGCUCAUUGCCCCUGCCAACUGCCCCCUACAGUACCCCGUGCAGGGUGUGGAGGUACAGCCCCUCAGGAGCAUCUUGGUGCCAGGGCUGAGCCUGCAGGCUGCUUCUGGUCAGGAGGUAUACCAGGUGAACCUGACUGCCUCCUUGGGCACAUGGGACGUGGCAGGGGAAGUGACUGGAGUGACUCUCACAGGGGAGGGGCAGCCAAACCUCACCCUCACCAGCUCAGGACUGGACCAACUCAAUCGGCAGCUGCAACUGGUCACUUAUAGCAGCCGAAGCUACCAGGCAAACACAGCAGACACAGUCCGGUUCUCCACCGAGGGACAUGAAGUGGCCUUCACCAUUCACAUAAGACAUCUCCCCAACCCUCGGCUGUACCCGCCUGGGUCUCCACCACAGGGAGCCCAGUACAACAUUAGCGCGCUGGUCACCAUUGCCACCAAGACCUUCCUUCGUUAUAAUCGGCUGCGGGCACUCAUCGCCAGCAUCCGCCGCUUCUACCCGACCGUCACAGUGAUCAUCGCGGACGACAGCGACAAGCCGGAGAUCAUUAGCGGCCCCCACGUCGAGCACUAUCUCAUGCCUUUUGGCAAGGGCUGGUUCGCAGGCCGGAACCUGGCCGUGUCGCAAGUGACCACCAAGUACGUCCUGUGGGUGGACGACGAUUUUAUCUUCACGGCUCGGACGCAGCUGGAGAGGCUUGUGGACGUGCUGGAACGGACGCCGUUGGACCUGGUCGGGGGCGCUGUGCGCGAGAUCUCGGGCUUCGCCACCACCUACCGGCAGCUGUUGAGUGUGGAGCCGGGCGCGCCAGGCCGCGGGAACUGCCUCCGGCAAAAGCGUGGCUUUCACCACGAGCUCAUCGGCUUCCCGGGCUGCGUGGUCACCGACGGCGUGGUCAACUUCUUCCUGGCACGCACCGACAAAGUACGAGAGGUCGGCUUCGACCCGCGUCUCAACCGUGUGGCGCACCUGGAAUUCUUCCUGGAUGGACUUGGUUCCCUUCGGGUGGGCUCCUGCUCAGACGUCGUUGUGGAUCACGCAUCCAAAUUGAAGCUGCCUUGGACAUCAAGGGAUCCUGGGACAGAGACUUACGCCCGGUACCGUUACCCAGGAUCACUGGACGAAAGUCACAUGGCCAGACACCGCCUGCUCUUCUUCAAACACCAACUGCAGUGCAUGACUGCGGAGUGAUGGCCACUCAGGGCCUUUCAACCGACAGGCUGGGCCUGCCUUCUUGUCCCUGCCAGAAAUUUCUAGCAAACCCCACUACCCAGUGACCACUCCACUGACUGUCCCCAAUCCCCUUCAGAACCUGAUCCCAAAUAGGGGCUAGUCCUGGUGACACUCCUCCUUUCUGUGAGUGCCCAGGGGUGUGGUGGAGCCAUAACUCGUCCCACAGCCAGUGCCAAGUCCUCCCUCCACCCCUCUCAUGGAGGUGGGAAGUCACUGUCCAAGUGCCAAAGAGCCCAAAGGACUCUAAGAACCUAAAGUGGAAACACUCAUCUCCUGGUGACUGAGUGGGUGGGAAAGGCCCCAACAUGUAUCCCCAGGACUGCGCCGCCUCCCCCAUCUCUGGAUCCAGGACUGUGCACCGGCUGCAGCCGCACCCCCACCCCCAUGGAGAGACCUGGUGUCUGGAGCUGGGGUGAGGGCCGUGAACACACAGGUGAAAGCA